ACCAUCCCACACGAGACAAUAUACCAACAGCACACUCGCAUAGUCGCAUUGCACGCAAUCAAUCCCAUUCCCAGCUCGCCUACUCACCACCACCGGGCACCGGAACCAAGCUUUAUACACCCCUCCAGCGUACACGCCGACGUAGCCUCGCAGAGCUAAGCUGAACUAUAUAUCCUAGCUAGCGUACCGGCGAUGUCGUCGACGGGGGCGCGCAGGGGCGUUGGCAGCGGCGGCGGCGGCGGGCACUUCCCGGUGGGCCGGCGCCGCCACGUGGCGGUGGUCGACACCGGGUGCAGCUGCCGCCCGCGCCGCCCCAGGAUGCUGCUCAGCCUGCCGUCCUUCCUCAAGCCUUCCUCCGCGAGCAAGGCACCGGCGGCGCCGGCGAGGAGCACCAGCUCGUCCAGCCUCUUCCCGUCGUCCUCCUCCACCGCCUCCUUCUCCACCAGCUACGCCUCCUCCAACUGCUCCAACUACUACUCCUCCUACCAUGGCUUCGGCGCCGCCCCCAAGCUACAUCAGCAGCAAGAGCACCUUCCCUCCGCCAAGGAGGCGCCGGCCUCGCCGGUCAGGAGGCAGCCGGCGAGCAUGAAGAAGAAGCAGAAGAAGAGGUAUUACGCGGAGAACAAAGCAGCUAUGGCGGAAGCGGGGCCGGAGGAGGACGUGGGGCUGGCAGUGGAGAAGGACUCGUCGGACCCGCGCGCCGACUUCCGGGAGAGCAUGGUGCAGAUGGUGGUGGAGACGGGGCUGUGCAGCUGGGACGACCUCCGCAGCAUGCUCCGCCGCCUGCUCGCCCUCAACUCGCCGCGCCACCACGCCGCCAUCCUCACCGCCUUCGCCGAGCUCUGCGCCCAGCUAGCCUCGCCGCCCCCGCCGGCGACAUCGUCGUACCACUACCAGCUCUAGCUAGCAAGCAAGCUAGCCAGCCAACUGAGGUCUCGAGAUCCUGGCACCACCCCGCGUGCCAGCGCCGGCGCCGCGCAUUCCCGGCCAGGCUGCCGGGUGGUGAUAGGAUCUCGUAGAAGAAACAAAGGUCGCUAGUACCGCUAGUACGAGCACUAGGACAAAAGCCCAUUAAAAAAAUUAGUAGUACCAGGUGUUUGAUUUCUGGAGUCUGUUCUUGUUGGUGGGUUAUUAGUUUCUUAAAUGUUUAGUUUGCUUUGCAAGUUAUUUUAGUGCUUAGUAUGUAUUGCGAGGAGUUUGUGCUAGUGUGUGCCUAGUUAGUGCAUGGCCUUUGGUUUUGUGUGAAGGUCCAUGCAUGGACAGUGCCACUACAAUAAUUGGUAGGGUUUGCUAAUUACAGAGUGAGUAACUAAGCUAUCUACGAUUCUACGUA